AUGCGAAUGGUUAUUUAUGAAUUCAAAAGAGCAUACUCAAUCGAACUUCAAAGAUAUUUUUAUCGUGUUCCUGCUGAAUUUCACAAUAUAGAACCAACUUCGCUUGAGUUGGAACGUUACAUUUUCCAUGGGAACUAUACUAAGUUAACUGCAUGGUCGUUUGCAUCAACUGCAAUGUAUCCUUCAUCUAUGCCACUCCCUCGUCCAUUAAUUAGCGAUAUUUCAAGCAACAAAGGUGAACAUUAUUUUCUAUACCAUUUGAAUGCAGCAGCAUUUGGUGAACAUGGGACCUUAUGGGAAACACCGUGGACAUUUUGGGUUGUUUUCGAAGCCCAAGAAGUACUACCACAAUCAAGUUAUAUUGAUGUAGCUGUUGCUGGCCUGUAUGCUGAUGAAGAUAUCUCUACUCGCUCUCCUCCACUCUCAGAAUUUUUGUCAAGCUUACCACCUUGGGUUACUGUCAUUCGGGGUUGUGCUGUUUAUGAUCAUUGGCGUUUUCAGCUGAACUAG